AUGUCGGAACAGCAGCUUGAAAAGGCCUUGGAGCUAAAGCGCAGUCGUGACAAUGCUGAUGGCAUCACCGAUACCAUCGUUGAUGAGAUCAAAAGCUCCCUGGUUUUCAAGAAUAACUGGGAAGAGCUAUUGACCGGGGCUCCAGUUGCACUUUGUUGUAUUGGGUCCUGCUUCAUAGCUAGUGGAUCAUCAACUGCUCAAGCUCUCAAUUUGACCUUGCCCAAUCCAAAUACGACAGUUCUUAAAUGGGAAAAACUACAGCCAAACUUGGUAGAUUGUGCUACCUUAGGUACCAGGGCUUUCAUCACGGCAGAAGAAGGUAUGGGCGGAAUCAAGUUCCAGUCCAAGAUAAUCUACACCAAACUCAACAAUCUUGUGGAAGUUCUGGGCGACCCUGAUUCAGCGAGAACUUCUCUAAGACCACAGAUGACGGCUAUCCAAAAGGCAGCAGAAUAUUGUCUUGAGCAAGCUAAGGAGAUUGACGGAAAGUUUGAUGCCUGGCUUGUUCAUGCGUCCGAUCUUCAUGCUAUCUGCGUUUCUCAAUCCGCUGAGACGGAGGAUAAAAUUCUGACUACGGCCCUUGAUAAGGCAGUUGCCCAAUCCCGUCUUACUGAUUCCGAGGCUUCCAUGUCUAUAGCAAAGUCUGCUACUGAGAAGCUGGAAAAGCAACUCGAAAUCACGGGUGAGGCCUACAAGAAAGCAUCUGACGAGUAUCCCGAUGGCUGGGAUAUCCUUGGUCAACAAGUUGCUAGUACCUUCGCUGAGACCGCCGCCAACCUCCUAAAUCAAGUUCUUCCUACUCUAGUAGACAACAUGACAAUGAUUGGUAAGACUAAGGCCGUUGCUAGUCUGCUUCAUGGAGACAAGAACGAUAGCACCGGUAAUCAGGGCACUAGUACCAGUCAGACUGCGCCAAAGCAAGGAAGCCCGCAAAAUCAAACGCAGGAUAUCCCGAAUACAGAUAAUGAUGAUCCCGCCUACACCUCUGUUACGCGAGACCUGAACUGGCUUAAUCUACUGAAUGCUAUUUUGACAGGAUCAGAAGAUGGCGGAAUGGACUGGGACAAAGCUACUGGCUCCACAACAAAAUCCGGGGAAGGGUCUAAACAAAAGGCGGUGGGCUCUAGCAUUGGCUUCGUUGAUAAUAGACUGAAAGAUGCGGUCGCUUCAUUCAAAAAAAUCUCGACCAAUAAGGAGCCUAGCAAGAAUUACUUGAAGGCUUUGAAUACCGCAGCAAAGGUAUCUUCUGAAAUUCUAGCAAAGGUAAAAGAGAGCAAAUCAAUGUCAGGCAAAUCGCUAGAGGCCAAGUCCGACGUCGUUCAGAAAUGGCAGGAAGACUUUGAAGCCGCAUACGACACAGCUAUCCAGCUCGAGGCAACGGCUAAAACUUUCCCAGGGUCUGUUAAAGGAAGCAUCCCACUUUACGCCGAAAAUCCAGAUGUCGCCGUAGCAAAGGAGAAUGCGAAGAGUGCCCAAGCCCAGGCUGUGUUGAAGGCCGCCCAAGACCGCCUUAGCACGACGCAGGCUGCCUACACUGCAAGCAUGGAGACUUAUCAAAAGUCAACUGCAUUGUUAAUCGAACAGCAAAAGGCUUUGGAGGCAGUUAAAGCAGACCUGCUUCGACUAGCUGACUCUUCUAUGAAGCUGGCAAAGAUCAAAAAGGUUUUGGUACAAUGCAUCAAGCUCAUUGCUACCCUUAAAACACAGAUUGUCAAACUGGUUCGAUUCUUCAAGGCUAUGAGCAAAUCUAUUGAGGUUGUGGUGAAGGGUUGUGUCGGCCCGUUCCUCGAUGAGAUCACUGCAAUUGUUACCAACGGUGCCAGCACAACUGUAUACAAAGUCGGAUCCUAUUCGUACACCGACAUACAAAGAUCUCAAAUCUUCAACAGCAGUUUGACUAUUAGGGCAUACUUUAGCGUUUUUGCUGACAUCGCCGAAAUGUGGCUGACCGUGUCCAAAGACCACAUUUUUCCAGGUGUGGAACUUUGCGAUGAGAUGACUUCUAUUUCAGAUGAUCCUAAAGAGGUCAAAGACAGAGUCAGAAGACUCAAUGAAUUCUCAGAAAAGUCUCAAAAGGCCAUCAAAGAAAUCUGCAAAGAAAAACGAGAAGAGAUUCUUGGUGCCAUGCACGCUCGAAUCGAAGAUGUUCGCAAUGAGACGAAGCAGUUGCCACCAUCCGCGUCUGCCGCCAAGGCAAUUGAGGCAGGCGUCAAAGAGGUCCAAAAAGCUACUGACGCCGCUUUGGAACAAACAAACGAGAAGAGCCCUUUAAAAAUCAGCUCAAGCAGAUUUGGCUCCAAGGUGAAGGUUUGA